CUCUCUCUCUCUCUCUGCACUUUCUUCUUCUUCCCCUCGCUGCUUCCGAAAGCUUCUCUGUCUCUCUCUCUCUUUAACUCGCAGGGUUCUUUGGAAUCUUCUAACGAUGCCGAGGUAUUACUGUGAUUAUUGCGAUACUUAUCUCACUCACGAUUCCCCAUCAGUAAGGAAGCAGCACAAUGCUGGUUACAAGCACAAGGCGAAUGUGAGAAUAUACUAUCAGCAAUUUGAGGAACAACAAACCCAAAGUUUGAUUGAUCAGAGAAUUAAGCAACAUCUUGACCAAACUGGAGGGUAUCCACAGGUUGGAGCUGUGUUUAAUCAGCAUAUGCUCGCCAGACCUCGCCCUCCGAUGAUGCUACCACCUGGAGGUAUGCCUAUGGGUAUGCGACCUCCUGUUCUACCGAGACCCAUGAUGCCUGGUCAAGGAUACAUGCCUCCUCAGGGAGUACCACAGAUGAUGGCACCGCCUGGUGCUCCUCUACCUCCACCUCCUCAAAAUGGUAUUCUGAGGCCACCAGGAAUGGCUCCCAUACCAGGUCAAGGUGGCGGACCACCUCCCAAUUAUAAUGGACUACCUCCUCCUCCUCCUUAUCAUACAAAUCCUGCUGCUCCACCAAGUGGUAGUUUCAACAAUCCGAACCCCAACAAUCCGAACCCCAGUGCUGAAUCUCCUGAAAGCAACGAGUAGAGUUAGUAGGUCUGAAUGAAUCAUUUUUCUCCUGCCAAAAAAUUCUCAGAGCUGUUGUUCAACACAGUAUCUUACCUUUUCUAAUCCAAUUUAUGUGAAGAGGUUUAGAACUAAUGUAUGUGAAAUGCGUCAUUUCUAUGUGGUAGAUUAUUGUAUCCAUUAGAGUGAUGCAAGGGGGAAAAUCUGAGGUUUCUUAUCUCUUUAAAACAAACUGGUUUAUGAAAGAUCUAUUAAAAGGCUUCAUUCAUCGCUUGUACCAA